CUUUAAAACAGUGGACUGCAUCCAUGGGAUGCGCAAAGAUGUCACAAAUAUGGCUGUUGACCUGUUUUAUGAUACUAACUGGACUGCAGUCAACACAACAAACAGAAAUGAUGACAAUGACAAUGAUACCAGGAUAUAUGCAAACAGAAAUGCUCAUGUCCAACAAUGCCAAAAGUACUGCUCAUAAUGAGCAAGUCUGCAGUACUUGGGGAAACUUCCACUUCUCCACAUUUGAUGGCGAUUUCUACCAGCUGCCCUUUGCCUGUAACUACAUACUUACCACCCUGUGUGACAGCAGGCAGUCUGACUUUAACAUUCAAAUGAGGAGGGAAUUCAUUGGUGGCGUUCCUGUAAUUAGGUCAUUUAACGUGAGGCUGGAAGGGAUAGUAAUUAUUCUUAAUCAAGGCAACAUUACCAUAGACAAUAGAGUAUUGACCAUCCCAGGCUACUAUAAUGGAAUUCGGGUUGAGAAAAUGACCAAUUACAUUAAAAUCAGCUCCAAGAUUGGAUUGACAGUGUUUUGGGAUAAAGACAACUCUUUCUCGAUUGAGCUAUCCAAAGACUAUAUGAAUAAAACAUGUGGACUCUGUGGGGACUUCAAUGGCAUCAUGCAGAACGAAUUCAUUGAACAUGGUCAAACAUUAACUCCUGAAGAAUUUGCCCUUAAAUGGAAGAUGGAUGCACCCACUGAAACAUGUGUGCAGAAUCAGGUCAAUUCUCAAAAAACGUGCCAGAACCAGACAGACCUAUGUCAUGAACUGCUUUACCACCCUGCAUUCGAAAGCUGCCAUAACUUGUUGCCCACAUACGUGUAUUCAAAAGCGUGUGCUAAAGACCUGUGUCAGUGCAACAGCAGUCACCAUGAUUGCCUAUGCGGCACAAUAUCAGAGUUCUCACGUCAGUGUGCACAUGCCGGGGGAAGACCAGGAAACUGGAGAUCCAACCAGUUCUGUGGAAUAACAUGUCCAUCAAGCAUGAUGCACAGCGAGUGUGGGAAUCCGUGUAAAGACACCUGCUCUAACCAGGAGGGGAGUCAGAUCUGUGCAGAUCACUGUGUGGACGGAUGUGUCUGUCCACCUGGAACCGUGCUAGAUGAUAUUGCACAGACUGGCUGCAUCUUUGUUGAUGAAUGUCCCUGCACCCACAAUGGCAAAAUCUAUAAAACAGGAGACUCAUUGUUAAAGACUUGUCAAAAAUGUACCUGUUCAAAAGGGCGGUGGAAUUGCAUUAAUCUGGACUGCUCUGGCACCUGUGCCUUGUUGGGGGGGUCUCACGUCAUCACAUACGAUGGAAAAGCUUACAGCUUCCAAGGAAACUGUGAUUAUAUACUUUCAAAGGAUAACACUAGUGAUGUGACCGUACUGGUGCAUCUGGCACAAUGUGGUAUGGCAGCAGGGGAAACGUGUCUUACUUCUGUGAAAUUCAUCGUCUCAUCAUACUCUGUUAAAGUCUCAUCCACUGGCACCGUACUUGUAAACAAUAUUGAAAACAAGCUUCCAAUUAUUACUGAUCACGUGCAAAUCCUCAAGCCGUCUACAUUCUUCAUUACUGCACAGACGCCUAGUCUUAAGAUCGUCAUUCAGCUUGUUCCCAUUAUGCAGGUGUACCUAGAGGCCAGCACAGAACAAAAAGGAACGCUCAGAGGUCUGUGUGGAAACUUUAAUGACAUGCAGGCAGAUGAUUUUAAGACAGAAUCAGGUCUCAUAGAGGGGACAGCCACAACAUUCGCCAGCACGUGCAAAACCACGCUUUGUCUAGAUUUCAGUCCUAGUCUCUAUGACCCCUGUAGUAUGAGUUUGGAAAAAGAGAACUACGCCAAGGAGUGGUGUACGAAGCUCAGCAAUCCAGAAGGAGUUUUUUCUCACUGUCAUUCAGAGAUCAACCCGAAGGAUUACGUUCAGAGAUGCAUAUACGAUGCAUGCAUCUGUGAACACAGUGAGGUGUGCAUGUGUGCUGCUGUGUCUUCCUAUGUUCAUGCAUGUGCUGUCAGAGGUGUAAGGCUGAAUGGCUGGAGAGAUAACAUUUGUGACACAUACACAAAGAAUUGUCCAGGCAAUAUGGAGUACUCCUAUAUCCAGACCGGAUGUAAGAGGUCGUGCCGUUCUCUUAGCCAAAAUGAACAGACCUGUUCUCUGCCCCAUACACCUGUGGAUGGUUGUGGUUGUCCUAAGGACACUUACCUCAAUGACAUGAAUGAAUGCGUGCCUGCCUCUGAAUGCCAUUGUUAUGUCAAUGGUGAGGUCAUGGCUCCAAUGCAGGUCAUCAGCAAGGCUGGAAGUACAUGCACUUGCAGAGAUGGCACAAUGCAUUGCACAGGACAUGAGGAAAUUACUACCUGCAAAGCACCUUUGGUCUAUUUCAACUGUUCGAAUGCUAAACCUGGACAAAAAGGAACAGAGUGUCAGAAUAGCUGUCAGACCUCGGACUCAAAUCAGUGUACAAGCACACAGUGUAAAUCAGGGUGUGUGUGUCCUGAGGGUCUACUGGCUGAUGGACAUGGAGGAUGUGUGCAAGAACAAAACUGUCAUUGUGUUCAUAAUGGAGUGUUUCACAAAGCUGGAGAAACUAUAAAGGCAGACUGCAACAACUGCACUUGUAUAAACAGAAAGUGGAUCUGCACAGAAAAUGAAUGUCCCAGAAUGUGUACUAUUUAUGGUGACAGUCAUUACAUUAGUUUUGAUGGUAGAAGAUAUGCUUUCAACGGCAACUGUGAAUACAUCUUGGCUCAGGACUACUGCAACAGCAAAGGUGGUACGUUCCGUGUUAUCACAGAGAAUAUACCCUGCGGCACCACUGGAACCACCUGCUCCAAAGCUAUUAAAAUCUAUUUAGGGAAUAAGCAGUUGCUGCUGUCUGAGGAGAAUAUAAAGUCUUUGAAUUAUGAUAAUGGCACAGAGAUCGAUUAUAAAAUACAUUCUGUGGGGAUAUACUUGGUUAUUGAGGCUGAAAACAGUCUCACCCUCUUUUGGGAUAAGAAGACAAGUCUAAUGGUCAAACUCGGCCCCUUGUUUCAGGGCAAAGUGUGUGGACUUUGUGGCAAUUAUGACGGAGACUGGAAUAAUGAUUUUAUGACUCGUGGUGGAGAGGAAGUGGCUAAGCCAGAUGAAUUUGGAAACAGCUGGAAAGUUUCUGCUACAUGUCCUGAAGCCAGUAAUAUCCUCAACUCCUGUGAUAUGAGACCUUACCGGCAGGCCUGGGCCAUUAAACAAUGCAGCAUUCUCAAGAAUGAUGUCUUUGGCAAAUGUCACUCAGUAGUGGAUCCAACUCAAUAUUACGAUGCUUGUGUGCAAGACACAUGUGCCUGUGAUUCUGGUGGAGACUGUGAGUGUUUCUGCACUGCUGUGGCAGCCUAUGCUUCAGCAUGUAGUGCUCAAGGAGUCUGUAUAUUGUGGAGGAGUCCAACCAUUUGCCCAUUGUUCUGUGACUACUAUAACAGAAAUGAAGGCUGUGAGUGGCACUACAAACCCUGUGGACAAUCUUGCAUGAAAACCUGCAAGAAUCCCUCAGGAGCCUGCUACAGUAAAAUUCCUCCGUUUGAGGGAUGUUUUCCCCAGUGCCCUUCAGACAGGCCAUACCUGGAGGAGUCAACAAUGAAGUGUGUUGCAAAAGAGGACUGUGGCUGCUAUGAUGAAGAAACUAAUACACAUUACAGUGUGGGAGAUAUAAUUCCUACAACAAAGAACUGCAUGAAAUGCUAUUGUUCUGUGGAAGGUCCCUCUUGUUACUACAGAAAAACAGAUUGCUACUGUGAGUAUAACGGGCAAAAAUAUGAGACUGGAAAGAUAAUAUACCACACAACAGAUGGAGAUGGAGCAUGUUUCACUGCUAUAUGUGGGGAAAAUGGAACAAUUGUCAGGAACCAUAACAUCUCAUGCGAUAUUACUUCGACUACAACACCUGUUACAAUUUUCAAUUUCACAUCAACCACAGAAAAACCUGUUCCAACAACAACAACAAUCCCAUCUAGUACAGUAACUACUGUAAUUCCUCCAACUACAACAGAAACAGUUUCUACGCCUGUUUCAACAACAACACCAAUCCCAUCUAGUACAGUAACUACUGUAAUUCCUCCAACUACAACAGAAACAGUUUCUACACCUGUUCCAACAACAACAAUCCCAUCUAGUACAGUAACUACUGUAAUUCCUCCAACUACAACAGAAACAGUUUCUACACCUGUUCCAACAACAACAAUCCCAUCUAGUACAGUAACUACUGUAAUUCCUCCAACUACAACAGAAACAGUUUCUACACCUGUUCCAACAACAACAAUCCCAUCUAGUACAGUAACUACUGUAAUUCCUCCAACUACAACAGAAACAGUUUCUACACCUGUUCCAACAACACCAAUCCCAUCUAGUACAGUAACUACUGUAAUUCCUCCAACUACAACAGAAACAGUUUCUACAUCUGUUUCAACAACAACACCAAUCCCAUCUAGUACAGUAACUACUGUAAUUCCUCCAACUACAACAGAAACAGUUUCUACACCUGUUCCAACAACAACACCAAUCCCAUCUAGUACAGUAACUACUGUAAUUCCUCCAACUACAACAGAAACAGUUUCUACAACAAAAAUUACAACAGAAACACCUACUACAACAACUCGAGAUGUUUGCCAGUCUUGCCAAUGGUCAGCGUGGUUAAACUACGACUAUCCCCGUAGUGAACCAGAAGGAAAAGACAUUGAAUCUAUACCUACAUUUUGGAAAUCAGGACUGAUUAGCUGUGCGAAACCAGAAGACAUUGAGUGCAGGGCCACACAGUAUAAAGACAUAUUUUUAUCAGAAUUGGAUCAGAAGGUAACAUGUAAUAUUAACGUUGGUCUGAUUUGUUAUAACAAAGAACAAAAUGGACAGAUUUGUUUUGAUUAUGAAAUAAGGGUGAAAUGCUGUGAGGACAUCUGCACUAACACUACGACAGCACCGACAACUAAGGUUUCUUCAACACCAACCCCAUCUAGUACAGUAACUACUGUAAUUCCUCCAACUACAACAGAAACAGUUUCUACACCUGUUCCAACAACAACACCAACCCCAUCUAGUACAGUAACUACUGUAAUUCCUACAACUACAACAGAAACAGUUUCUACACCUGUUCCAACAACAACACCAACCCCAUCUAGUACAGUAACUACUGUAAUUCCUACAACUACAACAGAAACAGUUUCUACACCUGUUCCAACAACAACACAAAUCCCAUCUAGUACAGUAACUACUGUAAUUCCUCCAACUACAACAGAAACAGUUUCUACACCUGUUCCAACAACAACACCAACCCCAUCUAGUACAGUAACUACUGUAAUUCCUACAACUACAACAGAAACAGUUUCUACAACAGAAGUGACCACAGAGACACCUGUUCCAACAACAACACAAAUCCCAUCUAGUACAGUAACUACGGUAAUUCCUACAACUACAACAGAAACAGUUUCUACACCUGUUCCAACAACAACAAUCCCAUCUAGUACAGUAACUACUGUAAUUCCUCCAACUACAACAGAAACAGUUUCUACACCUGUUCCAACAACAACACCAACCCCAUCUAGUACAGUAACUACUGUAAUUCCUCCAACUACAACAGAAACAGUUUCUACAACAGAAAUGACCACAGAAACACCUGUCUCAACAACAACACAAAUCCCAUCUAGUACAGUAACUACGGUAAUUCCUACAACUACAACAGAAACAGUUUCUACACCUGUUCCAACAACAACACCAACCCCAUCUAGUACAGUAACUACUGUAAUUCCACCAACUACAACAGAAAGAGUUUCUACAACAGAAGUGACCACAGAAACACCUGUUCCAACAACAACAAUCCCAUCUAGUACAGUAACUACUGUAAUUCCUCCAACUACAACAGAAACAGUUUCUACACCUGUUCCAACAACAACACCAACCCCAUCUAGUAUAGUAACUACUGUAAUUCCUCCAACUACAACAGAAACACUUUCUACAACAGAAGUGACCACAGAAACACCUGUUCCAACAACAACACCAACCCCAUCUAGUACAGUAACUACUGUAAUUCCUACAACUACAACAGAAACAGUUUCUACAACAGAAGUGACCACAGAAACACCUGUUCCAACAACAACAACAAUCCCAUCUAGUACAGUAACUACUGUAAUUCCUCCAACUACAACAGAAACAGUUUCUACAUCUGUUUCAACAACAACACCAACCCCAUCUAGUACAGUAACUACUGUAAUUCCUCCAACUACAACAGAAACAGUUUCUACAACAAAAAUUACAACAGAAACACCUACUACAACAACUCGAGAUGUUUGCCAGUCUUGCCAAUGGUCAGCGUGGUUAAACUACGACUAUCCCCUUAGUGAACCAAAUGGAAAAGACAUUGAAUCUAUACCUACAUUUUGGAAAUCAGGACUGAUUAGCUGUGCGAAACCAGAAGACAUUGAGUGCAGGGCCACACAGUAUAAAGACAUAUUUUUAUCAGAAUUGGAUCAGAAGGUAACAUGUAAUAUUAACGUUGGUCUGAUUUGUUAUAACAAAGAACAAAAUGGACAGAUUUGUUUUGAUUAUGAAAUAAGGGUGAAAUGCUGUGAGGACAUCUGCACUAACACUACGACAGCACCGACAACUAAGGUUUCUUCAACACCAACCCCAUCUAGUACAGUAACUACUGUAAUUCCUCCAACUACAACAGAAACAGUUUCUACACCUGUUUCAACAACAACACCAAUCCCAUCUAGUACAGUAACUACUGUAAUACCUCCAACUACAACAGAAACAGUUUCUACAUCUGUUUCAACAACAACACCAAUCCCUUCUAGUACAGUAACUACUGUAAAUCCUCCAACUACAACAGAAACAGUUUCUACAACAGGAAUGUCCACAGAAACACCUGUCUCAACAACAACACCAAUAACGUCCAGUACAGUAACUACUGUACCUCCAACUACAACAAUAAUACCAACCACAACAACAUACUCUGUGGGCACAGGGCCCAAAGUAACUAAUAAACCUCAAGAAACAAAUACAACAGAACCAGUUUCUACACCUGUUCCAACAACAACACCAAUCCCAUCUAGUACAGUAACUACUGUAAUUCCUCCAACUACAACAGAAACAGUUUCUACACCUGUUCCAACAACAACACCAACCCCAUCUAGUACAGUAACUACUGUAAUUCCUCCAACUACAACAGAAACAGUUUCUACAACAGAAGUGACCACAGAAACACCUGUUCCAACAACAACAACAAUCCCAUCUAGUACAGUAACUACUGUAAUUCCUCCAACUACAACAGAAACAGUUUCUACAACAGAAAUGACCACAGAAACACCUGUCUCAACAACAACACAAAUCCCAUCUAGUACAGUAACUACGGUAAUUCCUACAACUACAACAGAAACAGUUUCGACACCUGUUCCAACAACAACACCAACCCCAUCUAGUACAGUAACUACUGUAAUUCCACCAACUACAACAGAAACAGUUUCUACAACAGAAGUGACCACAGAAACACCUGUUCCAACAACAACAAUCCCAUCUAGUACAGUAACUACUGUAAUUCCUCCAACUACAACAGAAACAGUUUCUACACCUGUUCCAACAACAACACCAACCCCAUCUAGUAUAGUAACUACUGUAAUUCCUCCAACUACAACAGAAACACUUUCUACAACAGAAGUGACCACAGAAACACCUGUUCCAACAACAACACCAACCCCAUCUAGUACAGUAACUACUGUAAUUCCUACAACUACAACAGAAACAGUUUCUACAACAGAAGUGACCACAGAAACACCUGUUCCAACAACAACAACAAUCCCAUCUAGUACAGUAACUACUGUAAUUCCUCCAACUACAACAGAAACAGUUUCUACACCUGUUCCAACAACAACACCAACCCCAUCUAGUACAGUAACUACUGUAAUUCCUCCAACUACAACAGAAACAGUUUCUACAACAGAAGUGACCACAGAAACACCUGUUCCAACAACAACACCAACCCCAUCUAGUACAGUAACUACUGUAAUUCCUACAACUACAACAGAAACAGUUUCUACAACAGAAGUGACCACAGAAACACCUGUUCCAACAACAACAACAAUCCCAUCUAGUACAGUAACUACUGUAAUUCCUCCAACUACAACAGAAACAGUUUCUACACCUGUUCCAACAACACCACCAACCCCAUCUAGUACAGUAACUACUGUAAUUCCUCCAACUACAACAGAAACAGUUUCUACAACAGAAGUGACCACAGAAACACCUGUUCCAACAACAACAACACCAACCCCAUCUAGUACAGUAACUACUGUAAUUCCUACAACUACAACAGAAACAGUUUCUACAAAAGAAGUGACCACAGAAACACCUGUUCCAACAACAACAACAAUCCCAUCUAGUACAGUAACUACUGUAAUUCCUACAACCACAACAGAAACAGUUUCUACACCUGUUCCAACAACAACACCAACCCCAUCUAGUACAGUAACUACUGUAAUUCCUCCAACUACAACAGAAACAGUUUCUACAACAGAAGUGACCACAGAAACACCUGUUCCAACAACAACAACAAUCCCAUCUAGUACAGUAACUACGGUAAUUCCUACAACUACAACAGAAACAGUUUCUACAACAGAAGUGACCACAGAAACACCUGUUCCAACAACAACAACAAUCCCAUCUAGUACAGUAACUACUGUAAUUCCUCCAACUACAACAGAAACAGUUUCUACACCUGUUCCAACAACACCAACCCCAUCUAGUACAGUAACUACUGUAAUUCCUACAACUACAACAGAAACAGUUUCUACAACAGAAGUGACCACAGAGACACCUGUUCCAACAUCAACACCAAUCCCAUCUAGUACAGUAACUACUGUAAUUCCUACAACUACAACAGAAACAGUUUCUACACCUGUUCCAACAACAACACCAACCCCAUCUAGUACAGUAACUACUGUAAUCCCUCCAACUACAACAGAAACAGUUUCUACACCUGUUCCAACAACAACACCAAUCCCAUCUAGUACAGUAACUACUGUAAUCCCUCCAACUACAACAGAAACAGUUUCUACACCUGUUCCAACAUCAACACCAACCCCAUCUAGUACAGUAACUACUGUAAUUCCUCCAACUACAACAGAAACAGUUUCUACAACAGAAGUGACCACAGAAACACCUGUCUCAACAACAACACCAAUAACAUCCAGUACAGUAACUACUGUACCUCCAACUACAACAAUAAUACCAACCACAACACCAUACUCUGUGAGCACAGGGUCCACAGUAACUAAGGAAACUCACGAAAGCACCAUACCCACACCUUGUGUCUGCACAUACAUGGACCAUAUUUUCUACCCAGGGUCUGUCAUGUACAACGUAAGUGACGGAAAUGGAUGGUGCUUCAUUGCUCGUUGUGAAUCAGGGUGCAAUGUUGACAAGAAAUCAGAGCCAUGCUUCCUGACAACUACUACAACUGUUUCUACACCAAGUUCAACAAUCUCUACAAUCACCACCUCAAACCCUACCCCAACCACCCCUACAGUUCCUAAAGACUGCCUAUACCUUGAUCCACCAAGAAAGAAUGGAGAAAGUUGGACGGACAAGUGUUUUGAAAAAACUUGCAAAGAUGGAUCUGUUAUCUCCAAACCUGUGCGAUGUGCCAACUCAGAUGUUCCAGAGCCAUUGUGUGAAAAUGGUUUCCCUCCCAUUAAGGUCUAUGAUGAGACCGGAUGUUGUUUUAAGUAUGAAUGUCAAUGCAAAUGUAACGGUUGGGGAGAUCCACAUUAUGUCACUUUUGAUGGAAAAUAUUAUGCUUUCCAAGGAAACUGCACAUAUGUUUUAGUCCAGGAAAUCAUCAAGAAGUACAAUUUCUCUGUCCACAUCAAGAACUAUAUGUGUGACAUCCAACAUGGAUUGUCUUGUCCUGACUAUUUGAUUGUGUACUAUAAAUCAUAUACAAUCGAACUGAGACAGACAAGAAACCCAACUGUAAAUACAGUAAUUGUCAACAAUAAGAAAGUGACCCCAGUUUACAAUACUGCAGACUUCACCAUAACCACAGCUGGUAUUUCAAUGACUCUAGAUAUUCCUGCUAUUCAAGCUCAGGUUACCUUCAAAGGCAUGAACUUUUUAGUCAACCUUCCAUUUUCUCUAUUCCAUAAUAACACAGAAGGACAGUGUGGUAAAUGUGACAACAACAGAUCAAAUGACUGCAUACUCCCUAAUGGAAAAGUAGCCAAGUCAUGUGAGGAAAUGGCUCCUAAUUGGCAAGUGAAUAACACAGUUUGCCCCAUACCUACCCCAACUACCACAACAAUUCCUACCACAACAAAAAAAUCUGAAACGACUACAACCAAGCCUCCAUGUCAACCAGCCAUCUGCAAAAUCAUCUUCAGCAAAGCAUUUGAAGAGUGCCACAAAGUUAUUGACCCAGAGAACUUCUACAAGGCAUGCUUAUAUGAUGUGUGCAAUAUGAAUAAUGCCACUGGUUGCUUCAGCCUGGAGGGUUAUGCUCAAAUGUGUGCUGAGGAAUUGAUAUGUGUGGACUGGAGGGGCUUAACUAAAGGACAAUGCGCACACAAGUGUCCCGACAAUAAAGUUUACUUGCCAUGUGGGCCGAAGGUGGAAAAAACCUGCAAUUCAGGGUACAAUGAAAAGUUUAUAAAUUGUGAGUCACAUGUGUGUCGUGAUCAUUUCCAAGAAGGAUGUCACUGCCCUAACGGCACCACCCUCUUUGACACUACUUCAGAUGUAUGCACAGACUUCUGUGGUUGUACAGGUUCUGAUGGGAAGCCCAAGAAUCCAGGGGAUAAAUGGCGCUCAGAAUGUAACGAAUGUACAUGCAGUAAAAAUUCCAUGGGUCCAUUGUGUGAACCAGUUAAGUGUCCAAACCCAGAGCCCAGCUGUACAAAAGCAGGCUAUGAGCUUCAGACUCAGGACUGCUGUCCGAAGUGUGUGUGCAACCCUAGCUUGUGCUGGCCUAUGAACAUAAAAAAAUGCCCGGUCGGAUUUGAGCUAGUACAAAACAGCACAGAUAGUGACUGUUGCAUGACAUUCUACUGUAAACCAAAGAAUGUGUGUGUCUUCGGGGAAAAUGUGUAUUUGCCUGGUGAUAAAAUUCCAACAGAAUCCUGUGAAAACUGUGUUUGUGGUUCAACCGUGAACUCCAGCAGUAAUCUUCUUAAUGCAGAAUGUAUUCAGAUGCAAUGCAACACACCCUGCCCUAUGGGCUUUUCCUAUAAAGAUGUACCUGGGCAGUGCUGUGGAAAAUGUGUACAAAUACAGUGUGUGUACGAAGACGCAGAUCAGUCCCAUAACAUAACCACAGCUGAGGUUGGACAGAGCUGGACUCAUCCAAAUUACCCAUGUGUGACUUUCAAUUGCACUAAAGUCAACAAUGCGUUUGUCGUGGUGAAGAUGCGCCCUUCAUGUCCUGAGUAUAAUCCAGAAGACUGCAUUCCUGGCACAGAGAAAAUCACAUCAGAUGGAUGUUGUAAAACAUGCGAGCAGCAUAAGUGCAAUAUGGAAAAGAACAGCACCUACUUGAAGAUUGACGACUGUAUAUCUGUCAGUCCUGUGGAGAUAGCCUCCUGCUCUGGAUCCUGUGACACCAAUUCCAUAUAUUCGAUGGCAGCGAACACCAUGAUGCACCACUGCAGCUGCUGUAAAGAGCUUCGAACCAGCAGCAAGGAAGUGAAGCUACGCUGUGCAGACAAUACCCUGAAACCAUACACUUACACUUACGUUGAAGAGUGUGGCUGCCAUAUCACAGAGUGCACAGACUAAAGAGAAACGCUGAUUUAUUCAAUUUAACUAAAUGAUUAAACAUGAGCCUACUCUAAGGCAGAGAUUUAUCUAUGUGCGUAUAUUAAUUCAACUGAACUCACACUAUCGUUACUGCUUACAGAUUUUAAAUAAAGCAUGAACAAUCGAAUAUCAAAUACUAAUAUACUAUAUGAGAUUAGACUCCUGUGUUUUGUCUCCCAGUUACACAUAAAACAAUGCAUAUAAACACUUUACUUUCCUCCAAGCAUUGUUUUUCUCUUGGUGUUGAUAUUCUUUAUAUUCUUUCCUAAUUAAAUAAAAUUGCAUUUAAA